CUCACUGCGGCCCCGCGGCCGGGGCUCUCGGGGUGGGGGUGGGGCGGGGGUUCCCAGCCGGAGAAUCCUCCCCCGGGGCUGGCGGCGGGGGAGGGGAUGGAAAUCGGGGAAUGGAGGAUUAAGAAGGACUCGAGCUCGGCACGAGCGCGGCCCGCGCGAGGGAUCCUGGGUAAAAAGUGGCCGCGCGGCACCGGGAGAGCGCGGAGAGGAGCCGGGGUCAGAGGUCAGGGCCCUGGAGCCCCGCGAGCAGAGCCCCCCACGUGAACGCAGCGAGCAGAAGGAACCUUUUUGUUUUCGACCAAGCCAGCAUGCUCCCCUAUUGACCGAGCUGCCUUUCCCGGGCCGCUGGAGAGAGUAGCUCCAUCCCGGAUCUCCUAACCCCACCCCCCUUCCACCACCAACACACUACCCAACUCUACCCUUCCUCUCAACUCGCUUCCCAGCCCCCCGUACCGGGCUUGCAAUAACGCAGUAAAUUUGCUUUAACAACAAGUGGGGGUGGUUGCAUUUACUCCUCCCUCUCCUCUCUCCUCCCCCUCCUCUUGCUGCGGCUCUUGACACUACUACAAACCAGGACUAUAAACAUAAACAUGUGUCACUGUAACUGGGCAGGCUCAGAAAUAUCCGUUUAUUCUUUUAACCACACGGAUGUGUCUAUUUUUGGAGGAACAAGGAAACAUAUAAAUGCCUGGGUUGCAUUUAUGCUGUAGUUGCAAACCCCGAACAGUUAAGAAGAUUUUGCCGAAUUUUGCAAAGGAGCCAACAAACCACCUUGGGAUCCUGGUAAUGCAGCUGGGAAGACCCUUGUCUCAUUUGGCAAUAUUUUGGAUAUUCUUGGAAAUGACACCAAAAUAUGCUUUAACUUGACUAAGAAGAGGUUAAACAACAUUGAUACUCAUCCAAAGUGAUUUUUUUUUAAAGCAGAUGCUUGACUUUCAUGGAAAAAAUGAGAGUUGUGGAAGAUUCAUUUAAACUACCAACCGAAAGCAUCAUAGACCACUGAAAUAGUCUGCGUCGUACAUCAGCACUUUCUUCACAUCGUUAUUACGUAAAACCUCUGGAAGCACCUUGGGCGUUUUACAUUUUCUUUUCUUUGCUGCAGAAACAAUCCGCUCCCUGGAAUUCUGACCUGUCGUGAACAGGACCCUGGCAAAGACUGAGGUGGGGACUCUAGGACGAUCCCGCCUCCAAUCCAGCCUGGUUAAUUGUGAAAAGUGUACACAUUUCUGGCUUAUCUAUGCUUUGUUAUGGGUCUGACGUGAAACUACCUCCUCCCCACCCCACCCCCCAGCAGAGAACCAAAAUCCAGUUGAAUUGUUACAGUGUUUCGGAGCUGGAGCCUUGAACUGCUUCCUUGGUCAAAUAACUUUGUUUCUGGUUGUAAAAGGCAUUUCAGGGGGAAAAAAAAAAAGGAAAAUCGAGAGAAAUUCAAAACCAGGAUGCCUUGAGACACACGCAGCAUCUGGUGGAGGAUUAACAUAUAUACAUGUGUAUGUAUGCGUCACGUAUAUAUUUACUGCAAAUGGUGGGGAUCAUUUAGUGCCCGAGAUGGGAGACCUGAAGUCAGGUUUUGAAGAGGUGGAUGGCGUGAGGCUCGGCUACCUCAUCAUUAAAGGAAAGCAAAUGUUUGCCCUCUCCCAAGUCUUCACGGAUCUGCUGAAAAACAUCCCGAGGACGACCGUGCACAAGCGCAUGGAUCAUUUGAAAGUGAAAAAGCACCACUGCGAUCUGGAGGAGUUGCGGAAACUCAAGGCAAUCAACAGCAUCGCCUUCCACGCCGCCAAAUGCACGCUCAUCUCUCGGGAAGACGUGGAAGCGCUCUACACCUCCUGCAAAACCGAGCGUGUCCUCAAGACCAAGCGCAGGAGGGUCGGCCGGGCCCUGGCCACAAAGGCGCCGCCGCCAGAGCGCGCCGCCGCCGCCGCCAGCCCCCGCCCGGGUUUUUGGAAGGACAAGCACCAACUUUGGCGGGGCCUGAGCGGAGCCGCGCGGCCCCUGCCAAUCAGCGCGCAGUCCCCGCGCCCGGGCGCCGCCGCCGCGCGCCCCGCCGCCCAUCUACCUCAGAUUUUUAGCAAAUACCCGGGCUCGCACUAUCCGGAAAUCGUGCGCUCGCCUUGCAAACCCUCUCUAAACUAUGAAACUGCNUUUUUUUUUUUUUUUUUUUUUUUUUUUUUUUUUUCCGCCGGGGCCACUUGCCUGGAGAGGUUUCAUCUGGUUAACAGCUUCUGCACACCUCCCCACCACCACCACCACCACCAUCACCACCACCACCACCACCACCACCGGGCCCAGCAGCCGCCGCCGAAUCACCACCCCCCGCAUCACCACCGGCCUCAGCCCCAUCUCGGCAGUUUUCCCGAGAGUUGUAGCAGCGACUCGGAGUCCAGCUCCUACUCGGACCAUGCAGCCAACGACUCCGAUUUUGGCUCCAGUUUGUCCAGCUCCAGCAACUCGGUGUCCUCGGAGGAAGAGGAGGAGGAGGGAGAAGAGGAGGAGGAGGAGGAAGAGGAGGAGGAGGAGGAGGAGGGGGGCAGUGGGGCCUCGGAUUCCAGCGAAGUCAGCUCGGAGGAGGAGGACUCGUCCACGGAGUCGGACUCCAGCUCCGGCUCCAGCCAAGUGUCAGUGCAGAGCAUCCGUUUCAGACGCACCAGCUUCUGCAAGCCUCCCAGCGUGCAGGCGCAGGCCAACUUCUUGUACCAUCUGGCCUCCGCCGCCGCUGCAACCAAACCCGCUGCUUUCGAGGAUGCCGGCAGACUUCCCGACCUCAAGAGUAGUGUCAAAGCGGAGUCGCCGGAGGAGUGGAAUCUGCAGGGCUGGGCCCCCAAAGCGUCUCCGGUGUACUGCCCGGCCAGCCUGGGGAGUUGUUUCGCAGAGAUAAGGAACGAUAGGGUCUCUGAGAUUACAUUCCCACACUCUGAAAUUUCCAGUACUGUAAAGAGAACUGACCUGACAAUUAACUGCCUGGCCGAGGGGGCCUCUUCACCUAGCCCAAAGACAAACAAUGCAUUUCCACAACAAAGAAUACUCCGAGAGGCAAGGAAAUGCCUACAAGCAAGUCCUACUACACACUGUGCAGAUAACAGCACAAUAGCUGCUAGGUUCUUAAAUAAUGAUUCUUCAGGAGCAGCAGCAAAUUCAGAGAAAGAUUCCAAAAUCCCUCAUUGUGCUGAAUUUGCUACGGAUUUGUCCUCUUCACAGACUGAUUCUGAGGUGGGUGCAGCAGCAAGAGCAGCAACGAAAGCUGAGACUCCCUACGCUAACCCAGGAGACAAGACCUUGCCAUUUCUGCACAAUAUUAAAAUCAAAGUAGAAGACAGUAGUGCUAAUGAAGAAUAUGAACCUGACCUUAUUACAAAUCAGCUUAAGUGUGAGUGCAAUGAUACAAAGGGUGAGUUUUACAGUGUGACUGAAGGUAAAGAGGACGCCUUGUUCACCACAGCCAAGGAAGAAGGUUUUGCAUGCCCUGAAAAAGAAACUCCUUCCUUAAAUCCACUGGCUCAGAGUCAGGGCCUUUCAUGCACUUUAGGUUCUCCAAAACCUGAGGAUGGGGAAUAUAAAUUUGGUGCCAGGGUGAGAAAAAAUUACCGGACACUAGUCCUGGGAAAGCGACCUGUACUUCAGACUCCUCCAGUCAAACCAAAUUUGAAAUCAGCUAGAAGUCCUCGUCCUACAGGUAAAACUGAGACACAUGAAGGAACACUGGAUGAUUUUACAGUUAUAAACAGACGCAAAAAGGUAGCCAGCAAUGUAGCAUCAGCAGUGAAAAGGCCAUUUAAUUUCAUGGCAAAUUUUCCUUGUCCACCAUCACUCAUUAUUGGGAAGGAUGGGGAUUUGUGGCCGGCGUAUUCCUUAAACACCACUAAGGAUUCCCAACCUCCUCACAAGGCCCAUCCUAUAUGGAAAUGGCAGCUGGGCGGUUCUGCAAUACCUCUUCCACCUAGUCACAAAUUCAGGAAAUUUAAUUCAUAAAAGUGUUUUGGAAGAUAUUUUCUUGAACCCUAUUACCUUCCUUUUGUUGUAAACGGCACAGGAUGGUUUGUACAAGUCCAUUAAUGUGUUACACCCCUUUUGGAGCCCUGGUUUAUCGCAUUUUGAAGACAGAAAUCGGAUUACUUUUUUCCCAUUGC